AUGGUUUCUGAAAGUAAAAGGAUUGAAGGUAUCAAAUUGGGGGACAGAUACACCAAGUACUUCCAUGACUCUGCUAGAAAAAGAAUGAGAAGAAAUAUGAUUGAUGUUAUUCAAGAUGAUAAAGGUGAAUGGGCUACUGACAGUUCUGAAAUAACCAAUUGUUUCACUACUCACUUUCAAAGAAUGGCUACUGCAUAUAACAUCAUUAAAGACCUACAUAUUAUUAACCUCAUCCCCUCUUAUAUCACUCCCCCCUCCCCUGCUGAAAAUGAACACCUCCUCAAUCAACCUGAUGCUAUGAAAAUAAAGAAUAUUCUAUUCAGUAUGGAAGGCGACAAAGCUCCAGAUCAUGAAAUCAUCCAUCAUAUGAACACCAUAUAUGGCAAAAAGGGCAACAAAGGUAUCGUAGGCUUAAAGAUUGAUAUGGCUAAGGCAUUUGAUAGAGUGGAUUGGUCUUUCCUAAUGGAAGUCAUGAAACAGAAGGGUCGUACCAGUGACAAACGGUGUAAUCUCAUCCAGCAAUGCAUCUCCACUACUAAUCUGGUUGUCUUGGUCAAUGGUGCUCCUAGAAAAAAGUUUAAGCCUUCUAGAGGCCUCAAACAAAGAGACCCUUUAUCUCCAUACCUGUUUUUAUUCUACAGGGAAGCUCUCUCUAGAAGUAUGGUGCAUGCUGAGCAGCUUGGUCUUUUUCAUGGAAUCCAAAUUUGUCCUAAAGCUCCACCUAUCAGCCACCUUCUCUUUGCGGAGAUUGCAUGGUCUUCUAUAAAGAUGAAUCUCAUAAUUACAAAAUCUAGUGGAUGUCUUCAGCAAUUUCAGGAAAUCUACUGGCCAAAUGAUCAGGUAUCUUCUUCAGCAGAAAUACUGAGCCAGAUAUAG